AAUGUGUUUUUUUAGGUUACUCUUGUCUACAAAAAAGGGUACCGAUGCUAUUGUUCGAGUCUUAACAAGUAUCUUAUGUUAGCUGAUGUCACCUUUCUAGAAUAUUUUCCUUUAUUUCCCACUUCUUAUACUUCUUCCGGUAAGGGGGAGGAUGAUGAUCUGCUACUAGCCAAAUAAUGUUGCUUCCACACUUGUUGCUCCUACACCAUCACCACCUAUUCACUAGGCAUAGUCCAGACGACAAAACCCUCCUGAUACAUGUUCGGCACAUAACUCUCCUUCGGCAUCGGAUCCAUUGUCCAUUGAUCUUGAUCUACAUAUCGCUCUUCGCAAAGGAUGAUGUUCUACGAAAUGCAGAGCUUGAAGAUUUAUUUUCAACUGCACCUGAAAGUCCCUGGGAUGAAGCUCCUUAUAAGGAUGCAGUUCAGAGAACUCCACUGGGAGGGUUAUCUCUCUCUGGGUUCCUCUCAGAGUGGGCUCUGAUGACAUUACUUGACCCAGUUAAAAGUCUUGCCAACUUAAUAUACAUUGGUUACAACUGCAAUGCUGCAUCAGCCCUCAAUAUCACUAGGAGAAGAUCAAUAGACAGGAAAAGGCAACAAACAGAACGCGAUGUUUUCCAGUGCUUUGUUUUUGGACCUAAAAAGGCUGGGAAGUCUGCAUUAUUGAUGUCAUUGUUGGGAAGACCCUUUUCUGACAAUUAUGUUCCAACAACCAGCGAACAAUAUGUUGUGAAUGUGGUUGAACAGCAUGCGCAGGGUAAAAAGAAAACUCUUGUACUUCGGGAGAUUCCAGAAGACGGAGUUAAGAAACUUCUAUCAAAUAAGGAAUCCUUGGCUGUUUGCGAUGUAGCAAUUUUUGUUUAUGACAGUUCAAGCAAAUAUUCUCUAAGAAGAGCAUCAGAGUUGCUUUUGGAUGUCACUAAGCAAGGGGAGGAAACUGGUUUUAGCAUGCCUUGUCUCCUAGUUGCAGCAAAGCAUGAUCUUGAUUCUUAUCCAACGGCUAUGGAAGAGUCAGCAAAGAUUUGCCAAGGUAUUGGAAUUGAUGAACCUAUUCAUGUAAGCGUGAAAGAAAGAGAUCUUAACAACGUUUUCUCUAAACUUUUGAACGCGGCUGAGAACCCCCAUUUAAGUGUUCCAGAAACUGAUGCUGGUCGCAAUCGGAAGUGGUACCGCCAGCUCAUUAGUCGUUCUCUUAUAUUUGUUUCAGUUGGAGCGGCAACUGCUUUUGUUGGAAUGGCAGCAUACCGAGCCUAUGCUGCAAGGAAGAACAGCGCCAGUUAAAUCUCCUGAUUUCCGUACAUGAAUUGGCGAGUUGCAUCAUAUCAAUGGCAUAAUAAAAGCCGGUGGGCAUAUCAUACCCUUAUCAUUUUUAUAUAUGUACUCGGCCUUAUCGUUUGUACAGAAUUCAUGUUUGCUUUUUACUGGAGUGCUGAAAUUUUAUAUCGAAAGCAUCAGCUUUGCUAUAACCUCAUCAAUACUGUCUUCGUAUAUUUAACGAAUACGUGAAAUGGCCUUUAGUGUUUUC